UCUGCUGAAGCUCCGCCCCCUUCCGGCGCUGGUGCUGCUGGUGCUGCAGGGCUGGGCGAUGCCAAAGCGGAUGCAAUCCCCUCGGAGCCCCCUCCUUCUCUUCUGGGGCUCACCUGGCCCGGCCAGGUAAGAAGAGGAGCCCAGCAGGGAUGGCGCUCCACCGAAGCCAGAAGCUUAACCUCUUGCGGCUGGUGGUCCUUCUGACCGUGGUCCUGGCGGGCAUCAAGUUUUUCUUCCGCGACAGCUUGACUCUGGAGCGGCGCAAGAGCUCCAAUGCGGAGGACGGCUUUUGGGGCGACCCAGGGGACCACCCUCAGUCCGCCAAGGCCAGGGAUCCCUCCUUGGAGCUCUGGGGGGCCCAAGGGGGCGCAGGGGCCGAGGCCCGGCCCGAGUCCAGGAGGCUGCCCUUCCAAGGACCCACCUCGACCCUCAUGCGCCUGGUGCACCUGGACCUCAAGGGAGCCGCCCCCAAAGUCCCCUACCUGGAGCAGAUCUUCCCUCUUUUCUCCAAACUGGGGGCCAAUGGGGUCCUGAUUGAGUACGAAGACAUGUUCCCCUUCAGCGGAGAACUAGAAGUCCUCAGGUCUCCUUAUGCUUACAGCGAAGAAGAUAUUGAACGGAUCCUGGCUCUGGCCGAACUGAACAAGCUGGAGGUGAUCCCCUUGGUGCAAACGUUCGGACAUGCAGAGUUCAUCCUGAAGCACGACAAGUACCGCCACCUGCGGGAAGUGGAGCGCUUCCCCAACAGCCUCAACCCGCACGCGCCAGAGACCCUGGCCCUCCUGAAGGCAGUCCUCACCCAGGUCCUCAGCAAGCACCGCCGCUCCCAUUGGGUCCACAUCGGGGCAGACGAGGUCUUCCAUUUGGGCGAAGGGACGGAUUCCAAGAACUGGCUGAGCCGCAACGCCGGAGACGUGGGCAAGAUGUACCUGAACCACAUCCGGGAAGUGGUGGGCUUUGUCGCCGGCGAAGGCUUCCGGGUUCUUCUUUGGGACGACAUGCUGCGCAAGGUCAACGUGGCCGCCAUCCAAGAGUCGGGCAUCGCCAAACAGGCCUCUCCCAUGCUGUGGUUCUACGCACCGGAUUUCGACACACAACAAAUAGGGAAGUAUGUCUCCAAAUACGCCGAGUGCGGCUUCGGGGCCGUCUGGUUCGCCAGCGCCUUCAAGGGCACCUCGGGUCCGGCCCAGGCCUGGCCCCCCAUGGAGGCCCACCUCCAGAACCACCUCCGGUGGCUCAAGGUCAUCCAGGCCAUGCCCAGCGCCAGCCCCACCCUCCGCUUCCAGGGCAUCGCUCUCACCGGGUGGCAGAGGUACGACCACUACUCCGCUCUCUGUGAGCUCCUUCCGGUGGGGAUCCCUUCCUUGGCGGUGUGUCUGCAGACCUUGGUGAAUGGUGGAUUCACGGAGGCCACCAAGAAGAAGGUCCUCUCCAUCCUCGGCUUCCAGAAUAUGGAUCUGACCAAGGGUACUUGCGAAGGCAACGGGGCCUUUCCCGGCUCGGAGAUCUACCGGAUGGUGGAGCAGGUCAACGGUCAGCUGAAGGACUCGGUGGUCAAGGUCCUGGAUGAGGAGAGCUCCAUCAAAGGCUGGUUCAGUCCGUAUCACCGGAAGCACCGAUUUGGCAACCCUCGCAACCUGGAGGCAUUCGGCAGCAAAAUCCUCAAGGUCCACGAGGACUGGGAGGGACUGGUGCAGGCGCUGCGCUCGCAGAUGGAGGCGGCCUUCUUCCCGGAUGCGGUGGAGGAGUGGAUGGAGGAGAACGUCAACCCCCACCUGGACCGCCUGCGGGAGUUUGUCCGGGACUUCCGGGAGACCCUCCGGCUCAGCGCCCGGCCCAAGACCCCCUAAGAGUCUUUGGGGGCUGCAAAGGGGGCUUCCCAAGGGGUCGGUGGAGGCGCCUCCAGUCCGAUAAGGAAACCAAAAGCCGCCUUCUUCCGUCCUUGCCGCCAACGUUGACUUUAUUCCCACAAAUUUCUCCAUUGUUGUGGAUGGUGUCCUCUUGAUGUUGGGAGUGCUGGUGAUUGACAGCUAUCAUGCCUCCUCCUGUUUUGAAGGGUGAUGGUGAUAGCUGUCACUCCCUGUCCUGUUUUGAUGGAGUAUGGGGAUUGACAGCUGUCACUUUUGCUGUUUUGAUGGGAUGAUGGUGAUUGACAGCUGUCACUCUUCUUGUUCUGAUGGAUGACAGAGAUGGAUAGCUGUCACUCCGCUUUCUGUUUUGAUGGUUGAUGGUGAUUGACAGCUAUCACUCCACUUACUUUUUUGAUGGAUGAUGGCAAUUAACAACUGUCACUCCCCUUUCUGUUUUGAUGGUUGAUGGCGAUUGACAGCUGUCACUCUUGUUCUUGUUCUGAUGGAUGACAGAGAUGGACAGCUGUCACUCCCCUUCCUGUUUUGAUGCAUUGACGGUGAUUGACAGCUAUCACUCCACUUAGUCUUUUGGUGGAUGAUGGCAAUUAACAACUGUCACUCCCCUUCCUGUUUUGAUGCGUUGACGGUGAUUGACAGCUGUCACUCCACUUAGUUUUUUGGUGGAUGAUGGCAAUUAACAAUUGUCACUCCCCUUCCUGUUUUGAUGGUUGAUGGUGAUUGGUAGCUGUCACUCUUCUUGUUCUGAUGGGUGACAGAGAAGGACAGCUGUCACUCCCCUUCCUGUUUUGAUGCGUUGACGGUGAUUGACAGCUGUCACUCCACUUAGUUUUUUGGUGGAUGAUGGCGAUUAACAACUGUCACUCCCCUUCCUGUUUUGAUGGUUGAUGGUGAUUGGUAGCUGUCACUCUUCUUGUUCUGAUGGGUGACAGAGAAGGACAGCUGUCACUCCCCUUCCUGUUUUGAUGCGUUGACGGUGAUUGUCAGCUGUCACACUACUUCCUAUUUUGAUGGAUAUGACGAUUAACAGCUGUCACUCCCUUUCCUGUUUUGAUGGUUGAUGGUGAUUGACAGCUGUCACUUCACUUCCUGUUUUGAUGGAUGAUGGCAAUUAACAGCUGUUACUCCCCUUCCUGUUUUGAUGCUUGAUGGCGGUUGACAGCUGUCACUCCACUUCCUGUUUUGAUGGAUGACACUGAUUGACAGCUGUCACUCCACCUCCCAGUUUGCUCCGAUUUCCAACACGUUUAGGUUGGGCACAGCUUCCAAAGUUACGUUGCUUCUUUGGGGUCUCCUUUGGGGUGGGCAAGUCCUUGGGUCGUCGUUCUUCUUCAUUGUACAGGACAGGUGACUUCUGUGAUGUGGAUGAUGAUAUUAAUAAUAAUAAAAAGUAUUUUUUAUAAA